AGCGAGAAAUAGAAAGGGAGCGAGUGAGAGAGAAAACGAAACCUGCGUUCGUUUCCUAACCUGCAAUGGCAAAACAAUUACAGCAGGUGGCAUAUUCCAUUCACGGUUGACGUUAUAGAACCACCACUCAAUGACAAACACACACACCUUAGCACUGAUCGCUGCACAUUAAAACGUCAGUCCCCCUAUAACACCUGUCCUAUAAUAACCUUUAUCCUAUAAAUUAUAUUAUAUUAUAAAUUAUAUUAUAAGGUUAUUGUUCUUCCUCACCUAGGUCUAUAACACAAUUUUAUCCAUAUGUCAAAGUAUCUGAUAUCAACGUGCGUAAGAAUUUAAAUUAUAAGGGUUUUAAUAGUGUAAUGAAACAGCAGGGAGCAGGUCUCGAACCCUCGACCUUCGUGCCCGAGGCCCGGCGCGCUAUCGACUGUGCCGCAGCUUCGAUUUCCGCGCUUAUAAACCCAGGGUCGUUACACUACUCCCUCCAAAGAGCGCGUCCUCGCGCUAGCUUGCGACUCUACGUCUUACAGGAACGCGCUUACCGGCCAAGCGCACGCACUGUCAUGGAUGCGAGGUCCGAUCACUUCUGACGCCAAUGUAAUGAGACAGCAGGGAGCAGGUCUCGAACCCUCGACCUUCGAGCCCGAGGUCCGGCGCGCUAUCGACUGUGCAGCAAAAGCAUGCUCGUGUGGCAGAGUCGAUUUCCGCGCUUAUAAACCCAGGGUCGUUACACUAGCCUGAAAUCGAAACAGCUCUUUAAAAAAGUAAGCUGUGAUCUGUCUGGUUCUUGAACUUGACUGACAAUCGGGGGCUAUUAUGCUUAUUUUUUCAGCUGGCAACCAAUAGGAAGCCAAGAACACGUGGAUGCGACAGAUUUGGGACUGUGACAAGUAAAGUAGCCCUCAGAUGUCAGUGUAGACGGGGGAUGAGAGAGGGGAGGCAGCGUGGUUGACGAACAUACUUUUACGCAGUCAAACUCAGUCCAGACAAGAGGCUCACCUGUGCGGCGAAAAAGAUGAGCCAUCCAAAUGAGAAAGAUGCCUCUGACACAACCGAGAGUAAACCUAAAUCCCACAUGCUCUCGUACUGCAUCGAAAGCAUUCUCGGCCGGAGAAGUCCUCUCAAAGUCAGACUCACAGGAAUGCAAAGUUUACCAAUGCUGGCUGGAAGAGUGGAGCAUAAUGCGUCUUUGGAAGUCUCUCAGAAAAAUGCCGACAUACACCUGCCCACCAAGUUGCGGCGUCUAUAUGGCCCAGCGGGGAAGUUCAUGGACUCCAGCCGCGGAGUUCGCGAUCAUGAGAAGCAAAAAGACAGGGAGCGUACUCUAGACAAAGCCCAUGAAAUUCUGAAAAUCACUCAGGCGCCACAAGUUAACAUCAGCCGCAGUAAAUCAUACAGGGAGAACGCGUCCCACAGUCCGAGAGAGGAAGAACAGAACCUCGGCCGAGAGAAAGAGGGGCAGGGUGAACUUGGCGCCCCAAAGUUCGAGGACACUUGCAAGGAGCGCAUCUGCGAAGACGUAGAAACGUCCCCAAAGAACGGGGAGAGUUUGCACAUUGAUGGAGAUGUAAAAGAUAGCGAGGACAACGUGUGCCUUUCAGCUGGCAGUGACUCAGAGGAGGGGAUGCUAAAGCGAAAACAGAGGAGAUACAGGACUACGUUUACAAGUUAUCAACUUGAGGAGCUGGAGAGAGCUUUCCAGAAGACGCACUACCCGGAUGUGUUCACAAGGGAGGAGUUAGCGAUGCAGUUGAAUCUCACCGAGGCGCGUGUGCAAGUGUGGUUCCAGAACCGUAGAGCUAAGUGGCGGAAACGAGAGAAAUCUGGGGUACAGACUCACCCCCAGGGCCACACCAUCUCUGGACCCCUGGGUGCAGCACACCACCUAAGCCACUACCUGGAGGGAAGUCCCUUUUCGCCCCACUCUCACCCCUCCCUGGACUGUGCCUGGACAGCUGCUACCACCUCAUUCCAGGGUCUAACCCACCCCCUCUCCUGCUCUUCCUCCCCCCUGGGAUUUGGCCCCUUCCUGGGAGCAGCCAUGUUUAGACACCCCACCUUUAUUAGCCCCUCCUUUGGAAGACUCUUCUCCAGCAUGGGUCCCCUGACACUCUUACGUCAGCCCAUACCUGCAGUAGAGGCCCCAGUCCAGCCCCCAACGGCCUUGUCAGAGGCCUCCCCCUCCUCGCCUGUAGACCGCCGGGCCUCCAGUAUCGCAGCACUGCGCCUCAAAGCCAAAGAGCACUCAGCUCAGCUGACACAAGUCAACAUCCUACCUUCCAGCACCACUGGGAAGGAGGUGUGUUAGGAGACAUUAAACCCCCUCCAAUUCCUUCUGCAUGGAGCAGGAGUCAUGACCAAAGGAAUAGCAGCUUUGAAGUGGUAGGCACUUAUAGCACAACAAGGCCUCAUCUUUCCCAGUUAGUUGUCUCAAUGUUCUGUUACUCCAGACUGUCCACAACAUGCUUUCCUCAUGAACUGAGGAAGAGAGAAGAAAUACAAAUAGUGAACUCCCUGCCCUUUGACCCUCAGGAAUGACCCAUUAGCAGCCUCGCACAGGGUACUACAGGCCACCAAAGGAACAGCUCUAGGCCCUGGAGAGAUUUAAAAGGAGAGCAAUGCUGUUGAUCAUAUAAGCCCAAUGUAUGUUUAGUGUAUUGAUGAUAUGGUGUUUGUUGAUAGAUAGAUUUUCGCAGUCUUAUUAAAUUACUUGGGUAUUCAAGUUAUUAUUUAUGAUCAAUCAUAUAUGAGCCAGAAGCAAGUUUUCAGGAGGAACAUUUUACAUAUAUAUAUAUAAAAUUAAGUUUUCUUUCCUGGUUUCAGAUGAAUCAGUUGACAAAAAACUGUCAAAUGCAAAACUUUGCACCUUUGCUUGCUUUGAACUGUGUUGCAAUGAAAUGAAAAAUGCUAAAUGAAAUCAUUCUGAGGACAGAAUUGAGAGGUGUAUUCAACAGCAUGAAACAGUAUUAACAAGCUUGCAAAAGAGAAACAGAUGUGUCUCCAAAAAUACUCUUGCCCAGUAUGGAUUGAUGGAGCCUAGUUCAUAGUCCCAUUGAUGGAUCUCAAGAGCUGGAUUCAACUCUUAAACAGGGACAAAGGUGUGGAUUAAGGGAUUUAUAUGGUCAUAUUUAUUUUGCAACAAAACGUAGACCGGCAUUAAAAGACAUUAAAAAAAUACUGAUUUUUUUUUCAUAUGUGGUGCGGUAGCCUACCAUCUCAUUAGAUGUUGUUUUUCCUCUUGAUCUCGCGUCUUAAUUCGGGACCCCUACCAUUGGCUAUUAACUUGACAGCAGUUACCGCUCCUUUUUUUUUUUUUUUUUUACCUUUAUUUAACUCUUCUGCUCAAUUUGACCCCGUCUAUGCUGUUGAACCAAAUCGCGUGAAAUUACCUCUCGGAUUAAUAUCCCUUUUUAUUGAAAAUCCUUUGCGUCUUUUAUUUACUAAUCUCGUCUAAUUUAAACGACACAAUAAAGCGACUUUUAGAUAAAAGGGUCCCUAGAAGUAGCUGUAUUUCAGUUUCACCAGCUGGAUUCCCUUUAGUAUAGGGGCAUUGUUACAAGGGCUAACUAUUUCCCAACUAUCUUUCCAAGUGUUUUCCAAGCGUUUAUAUCUAUGUGUAUAUGUGCGCGCAUUUUUAGCCAUCACUUUCCCCUUUUCAAAUAGCAUGGCGUAAUAAUUAACCCAAAUAAACUGUCCAAAUAAAUAUUUUAAAAUGUAACAUUGUUUUCAUGACAACGCAUUUCGUCGGCAUCUCAAGAAAGCAUCUUUAAAAAUGGACAAUAACCCGAUUAGUGAAGCCUGUUCCAGGAUGAAUAAACCUUAAAAAUCGACUGGAGAUAACGUUGAAUGACUGAGUGACCGAUUUUGAAAAGCAAAGAAUGACUGAAGUAUGGCACUCAUUGUGUGACUUGCGUCAAUUCUCUUGCAGCUCAUUCUCCUUCAUCCAAUUAGAAUACGUUAUUUAUUAAGCGGUUUGUCAUCUCAUAGCUUUCCAUUCAGAGCAACAAGGAAAUCACUUUGUUAAAAGGCUGGGGGUUCCAUUAUUUCCCUGAGGCAGGCUACUUACAUAUUCGACAAUGUCAUGAAUAAUGGCGAGAGAAUAAUAGUCCAGGAUAGGCCUACACCAAUCCCCCUUCAAAGGACUAUCAGCAACACAGUAAAUUGAAUUUCAUUGAGUAGCCUAAUCCAAGGGAACUCAGAGGCAAGAAGAAAACAAGGAACAGCCAAACACCUGUCAUAUUGUGAUGGGUGGUUGAGAGGCUUUGGCAUAUAGCCCCAAAGAGGGAAACAGGUCAUGCUGAAACACUCUUCUGAAUGCCAAGAUGUAUUUGAACACAUUUGACCACACACAAGAUGUUUAAUCAGACUAAAGAACAACAGCACAUGCAGGCAAUGAAACAAUAAAGUCCAACGAGUUAUAAUUUGGAUAAACAGAGGCAAAAAAAUGAGUAAGUGCAUUAGGCAUCAUUAGCCACCAAUUUGAAGUUGUCACUGUGCAACUUACGCCUCAAAUGCAAGGCAUUUUGUUGGAUCACAAAUUAGUCCAUCAAUAAGAUAAAAGAGAGAGAGAGAGAGAGAGAGGGAGAGAGAGAGAGAGUGUGAGUGAACUCACUCUGUAGAUGGCAUAUUGACUUUUCCCACCAGGUUGGAGAAAAGGGGACUAUUUACUCCACCUCACAGCUGUAGGGGAGUUACAGCCAAACUUUCACUUACUGCCAUGUAGGCAGAGAAGGAGGAGAGAGGGAGAGAAAGGAAGAGGAAGGUGGGCAUUGGGGAGUUGGCUCAGAGAUAGAGAGGUGUACAAAAUAUCAUAACAAAUUAUAUUCUAUUAUAGAAAAAACAUUUUCAUUUUCAAUAAACUUUCAAAUGUAACACC